AUGGCCAGCUCUAUGCAUCUGUCCCGACUACGGAAAUGGUUCCUUGCCUCUCCCCCCAUCGAAUUCGCCAUCUCCACCCUCAAAGAGCUCCUGAUCGGCGCUCUUCGCCAGGGUCCUAUUCCUCGGCACAUAGCAUUUGUGAUGGACGGGAAUCGGCGGUUCGCCAGGUCGCAUGGUAUUGAAACUGUGGAGGGACAUAAUCUGGGGUUCGAGGCCUUGGCCAGGAUCUUAGAGGUCUGCUACAAAAGCGGAGUUCAAGUCGUGACCAUCUACGCCUUCAGUAUUGAGAAUUUCAAACGGUCCAAGUUCGAAGUCGACGCAUUGAUGGAUAUGGCCAAGGUGAAGCUGUCGCAGAUGGCCCAGCAUGGAGAUUUGUUGGAUCGAUAUGGUGCCAAGGUGCGCGUGCUUGGUCGCCUUGAUCUGCUCAAGCCCGACGUACUGGCGGCGGUGAACAAGGCCGUCGAUCUCACAAGUCGCAACGGCGAUCGCGUCCUCAACAUUUGCUUCCCCUAUACGUCCCGCGACGAAAUCACGAGCGCCAUCCGCGAUACCGUCGAGGAUUAUAGUACUCCUCUUCAGCCUGCCCUCUCCACUAAUGCCGCCGCCCGAACCCCUUUCUCCGAAUCCCAUAUUGUGCAUAACAUCCGGGCCCAAACCCUGGGCUCCAAGCUUCAAGAUACCCACAGUGAUACCGAAUCAACAUCAGCAGAGUCUGCUGCUUCAGGAGAGGAUGCGAUUUUGCGAAAUGAUCUUCCCAACCGUGUAUACGAGAAUGACUCUUCGUUUUCCUCGUCGACGACUCUCCAUAUCGGCCAGCAAGACGGAUACCCACACAAGAACGCUAGUCAGACAACUACGCCUAAUGGUGAAAGCCCUGUCUAUAUGUCUCCGGAGACCAUCUCGCCACAAACACUAUCAGAUCAUAUGCUGACCAGAGGAAACCCACCUCUUGAUAUUCUUGUUCGAACAUCCGGUGUGGAACGCCUGAGUGACUUUAUGCUUUGGCAAUGCCAUGACAAUACUGAGGUGGUCUUCUUGAACGUAAUGUGGCCGGAGUUCGAUUUAUGGUCUUUCAUGCCUGUCCUUCUCGGGUGGCAACGGCGAAUUUCCAAGUCACGCCAGAAUCCAGAUGCCGAGGGCGACUUUGCUGGCGACAGCACCGAGUCCAGUGAAGAGGACGCAGACUCUGUCGUCGUGCGGCAGGGCAAAGUGAAAGCCAUUUAA